AUGGAGCGAAGGUUGCUGGAAGCAGGUCAAAAGGGCAAUAUCGAUGAGCUGUAUGCCUUGAUCAGAAGCAGUGGGCUCAUCAUCCUCGAGGCGAUGGCUCUCGAAGGAGCCGGUCACACGCUGCUGCACGUCGCUUGUCUGGCCGGCCAUUUGGAUUUCGUCCGAGAGCUCCUGAAGUUGAUGCCGAGGUUCGCUGAAAAAGUGAACGUGGAUGGGUUCAGUCCGUUGCACAUCGCGGCAGCUCGAGGUGAUGUUGAGAUCGCGAGGGAGCUCUUGAGAGUGGGUCAACACCUGUGCUCUGUGAAGGUACGGGAGAGAAGAAUCCCCUUGCAUUAUGCAGUCGUAAACGGGGAGCUCCAUGUCACGAAGUUACUGCUCUCCGCUUGGCCUGAAUCCAUCGAAGAGACAACCGCCCGAGAGGAGACCGCGCUUCACCUCGCCGUGAAGAACAACCGGUUUGAGGCGGUUGUUGUGUUGGUGGAGCAUCUGAAGCAGAAUAACAAGGAGCCGGUGAUCAAUUGGAAGGACCACGAAGGCAAUACCGUCUUGCAUCUCGCCACCGCCGUAAAAAAUUUCGAGAAAGAUGGUAAAUUGCUGGUGGUUAAAUUCAUGCUUCGCGGGCAUGGUCAGGAGUACGAGGCUGUGGAGGUGAACGCCUUGAACGAGAGUGGCUUGACGCCUCUGGAUGUCAUGACGGUAUCGCAAAGGGGAGCAGGAGAUAGAGAGAUCAGAGAAAUUCUCGCCCAAACUGGAGCCAGGCACGGAAGAGGAAGAUCAAACUCGCCCGCUUCAAGACUAGUCUCGGCGGACAAAGACGGUAUCCAGGGAGAUAACAGUCAUCAAUCAGAUGGGGAACCAGUCCCAAAUACUCCUCAAUCAAUAGUCUGUACACAAUCGAAAAAAUUAAAAGAAGGAAAAGAUUCGGUGGCCGACAUACGCAACGCCCUGCUGGUAGUCGCCGCGCUCAUCGCAAGCGCGACCUACCAAGCCGUGCUUCAGCCUCCAAGCUAUAAGAUAAAAGUAGAUGACAAUCACAAGAAAGGCAUUUUCGAGCAUAAUAAUACUUACAGGGCCAUUGGGUACAUCCUUUUCAUGAGCAGCAACACAUUCGGAUUCUUGGUGUCGGUCCAGACGAUCAUUUGCCUCACCAGAGAUCUCCCUGUCAGGCUGCCGCUGCUACUCUCCACGCACUCAAUGGUUCUAACUUACGUUGCCUUCAUGGCAAACGUGCCGUUCACGUCGAUGGACAAAGCGUUAAGUAUGAAAAACGAGGCAUUGUUCAACCUGCUGCCAUUAACGAUAUCAAUUCUUCUUCUACUGACACAGAGGUGGUUGGCGCGAUUUUUGGACCCUGCCUUGAAAGUUCUUUCUCAGUGCAACAUCGUAGGCGAUAUGUACAAUCUAAGGGCAAAACCUGAUUCGCAAAGUACCGGAAGGUGGGACUGGCUGUGGAAUGGUCCCAAUUGA